CCCGAAGAAAAAGAAAAAGAAACAUAUACUAACGUAGAAGAAGAGGGCGGAGGCCUGCUGGUAAUUUCAGGAGCAAAAGAAAUAAAGCGAAUAUUUGGACGUUUUUGUCCAGCGAUGAGGCUGUGAACGCCUCUCUGUUUGGGACAGUGGGCUCUAAUGCAGCACAGUAGCGACCUGACUGACUGAAGUACAAUGUUGUGCUGCUCGGACUCAGUGACACUACCUGACCAUAGUUAACAGACAUGCCGUGGUGCCUUAACACCAAGCGGAAAUCUCAUUUUUAAGCAUACAACCCAGGCUUCCUCACCCAGUGAAAGCCAACCUGCAUUUGUAUUUUUAUACAACCUUUUAUUAUCUCUAUCAGAGGGAGGUUUUUUCCCUUGUAAACACGGACUGUAAAACGACCUAAGACCAUGGUAGACAACCGCUAUGCCACAGCUCUGGUCAUUGGCUCGGUGCUGAGCCUGCUGGCCACAGUGUAUCUGUCUGUGGCUGUGGGAACUCAGCACUGGUACCAGUACAGCUGUCCACCAGUCAGACAUGAGGGGAGCAACGCCUCGGAGCUCAGAGAGGAGUUCGUCAAUGGAGAGUUUGAUGAGAAGGCCUACAGCGACACCAUGUUCCGCCUGAAUGGCACUCUGGGACUGUGGUGGAGGUGCAUCCUGGUGCCCGGCCAGUCCCACUGGUUCAAAGAGCCAGAUCCAAAGAUGGAGACGCAGUGUGUGAGCUUCACUCUUCCUCAGCAGUUUAGUCCAAAGUACAGAUACCUGGGAAACCAUAACGAAGAAGACCUGCUGAGAACAUACUUGUGGAGGUGCCAGUUUCUUCUGCCCUUGGUGUCUCUGGCCUUGGUGUUCCUCAGCGGCCUUGUUGGGGUCUGCGCCUGCCUGUGCCGCAGCUUCACCCCCACCUUGGUUGUGGGAGUGCUCCAUCUACUUGCAGGUCUGUGCUCUCUGGGAACCGUCUGCUGUUUCCUGGCCGGGAUAGAUUUGCUCCACCGGUAUUCCUCACCACCAGACGGGGUGGAGGGGUCGCUGGGCUGGUCCCUCUACCUCGCCCUCAUCUCCUUCCCUCUGCAGAUGAUGGCAGCUGCUUUGUUCCUGUGGGCGGCCAGGAGUCACCGCAAAAACUACACCCGCAUGACUGCUUACAGAGUAGCUUAAAGAGAGAUUACUACAACAGCAUACCUUAAAACAGCCUACUGGUCUGAGGACUAUAAAAAAAAGUUUCUGGUUAAGACAGGAUGUACAUUAAGUGAAGUGACCAGAGGCUACUGGUUGUAACUUCUCACUUCCUUUGUAACAUUCUUUAACUAGAAAACACAAUAACAUGGCAUCACAGACCUAGAGGCAAGUAAACCAGUUUGCAGCUAAUCAUCAUAAGUGCUCAUAAAUAGGGGUUUAAUGCCUUUGCGUUACGUUAUUUCACCUUUAUUUUUUUUUCCCACAUCUCUAACCUGUAUCAUAAUAAGCAUGUUCUUUAAUGUAUGUUAACACCCUGAUAUUAUGGAUGAUUUGUUAUUUCUGGUGUUAACUGUGUUGGCGUGCAGUACUUAAAUGCCUUUUUUAUUUAGUUGCCAUUGCUUCUAAAGCUGCUCACCACAUUGCCCUUAAAUCAGUUCUAGAUUAUAAACUUGCACAAAUUUUAGAUCUGUAAUUAUCAAAGUCAGGGUAGGUCUCUCUAUAAGUGCAUGACAAAUAUAACAUAAGCCUUUUUAUUUUUUAAUUUAAUUAAAUGUUUUUGGUUUGGAUUUAUUUUUGUAUGAUCUUAAAUAUCGAGCCUUUGCUGUGCAUGCCUUUUAAGCUGACAUUUCCGUCAUCUGUGGUAAUUGUUGAUUUCAGUCUGUGGUAUGUGUUUAAUAAUGUCAGUAAAUGUCACACACUAAAAAUGUAACCACUCAUCUCCCAUUGUCACCCGUGUUUAUAGAUCUAAUAUUUAUUAAAGCAGUUAAUUUGAAUGUUAAAAAAACUGAAUUGAUUUGAUGCCACUCGAGCAAACCUGUGACCUCUUUGUAACAUUUAAAUUCAAAUGUUUCAGCCCCAAAAUAUACUACUUCCAUUUUACAUUUGUUACAGUGAAGUUUCACUGUAAUCCUGGUUGCAGUCAGUAUUCUGUUUCUUUAGAGCUCGGUUUUAUCAACCAGCUGGCUGGUUUGACAGCUAAAUAUUGGUUUUUGCUUCAAAUAAAGCCUUUUAAAUGUCUGUUGGUGAUACUCCACAGUUUUGAGCAACAGUUGAAUUUGCUAAAUCUCCCCUUGACAGUGGAAAUCCUCAUAAGUCUUUCUUUACACUUAACAUUUGUGUGUAAAGUGAAUACAUUUUUUUUCUGUGUUUCAAAUUCCAAAAUUGCUAAUUUGAAAAAUUGUGAUGUUUUUGUGUCACAAUGUUUUGUUACUCGUCUGAAGUGUAUACACUCUGUCUUUUGUAAAUGUUUUUAUGUGUUCUGAAGCACACUGUUCCUGUAAUAAUAAAUUUGCCAUUCUGUA